AUGUCUGUUUAUAAGAAAGAAAACCGCGCUCAAUCUUCAGCUGAAGUUGAGGAACACGAUGAAAAUAAGAGAAUUAGGGUUCAAAUCAGUGAAAAGGAUUUGCUUUGCAUAAAUGGCUGUGGCUUUUAUGGAACUCCCCAGUGGGGAAAUAGAUGCUCUAAAUGCUGGAGAAAUCACCAGCUCUUGGAGAAACGAAACUUGGAUUCUGCAAGGAAUAGAACAAGCUUUGACAGUUUCCAAGAAAAACGAAGAUUAUCAACUGGGACAGGAAAAGGCUCAGCCCUCAAGAAUAUUUGGAAAUCGCCUAACAAUUUGGGUUCUGUGGAAACUUCACCUCACUCACAUCCACAAAAGUCUCCGUCCAGAAGUCGACAGUUGAGUCCUGAUAGCAAAUCUGCUCGCGAGAAACUGACACAUUUUUUGACUCGCUUGUCAAGCUCUGCCUCGCAUGAUGUUGCAAUACAAACAAAGCAAGCUGUUAAUAAGAUACACGAGCUGAGAAUCGCGCCUGAUGAAAUUUCAGAGCUCGUACAACAGUUUUAUCAAUAUUUAUUGGAUAAACUGAACAAUAAUCCAAAUUAUAUGUUAGAAAAACACUCCGUUAGGGCUGAAGAAGUUCUUGAGGAAGUUGAAACAUUUGUAUGUAUAUCUUGCUACAAUCAUCUCUUUUGUGCCAACUCCGACGAGGAAGUUGCAGAUCUAUCUCUGCAGGACAGAAUAAGAUCGUUAAACUGGGUAACAGCAGGUUUUCUGGAAACCAAGCUUGAUUUCUCUAGACAAAAGGUCCGUGAUCAUUUGGAUGAUGCCAUAUCCGAGAUGAUUGAUAUUAACAGUAAACGAGCAGCUAGUGAAAAAUUGGAUUGUCUCGUCAAAUGUUCUCAUAAAAUUUUUGAAGCUUUAAAAGAAUCGAACGCUCCUACAAGUGCCGACGAGUUUUUACCAGUGUUAAUUUAUGUUCUCCUAAAAGGAAAUCCUCCUCUCAUCCAAUCUAAUCUCAAGUUUAUUAGUCGCUUUGCUCUCUCUUCUCGUGUGAUGAGUGGAGAAUCAGGAUACUUCUUCACAAAUCUUUCAUGUGCUCUUCAAUUCGUUCAAGACAUGAAUCAUGAAAGUCUAAAAAUGGAUCGUUUGGAGUUCGAAUCUUACACUUCCGGUGAUCUUUUGCCUCCUCUUAACAUCAUGAACUGUGGUUGCAAUCAGGCUUUGGGCUCCAUGGAAAGAUCACUACAAAGAGUACGUGACCUAAUCCAACAACAAACUUUAUUAUCUUCUAAAUUGGAAGAAAUUGAAUUCAAACUGUCGUUGGAGAAAACAGACUUGGAUCAGGACAUCAAAUCCUUGAAAUCCGUUUAUCCUAGUGAAAAUUAUAAUAGUAUUUUAGAAGAGAUAAUUCUCAGAGAGAACGAGACGAGGAAGGUGUGCUCUCUCACAUCAAGUCGUUCAAGCAGAGAAACUGAAGAUGAAAGUGCCUCAUUAGAUAAAGGAAGCAAUACAACGGGAGGAGAAUAA